UCGAGCGGACAGAGGCAGAGUGGAGGAACGGAGCGCAAAGAGACGGAGAGAGAGAGUGAGUUAGCGUUAGAGAGAUAGAUAGUAGGAUUACCGGAAAAAAAAGAGAGAAAUAGAGACAGAGAGACCUAGUGACUCACUGAGGGAGAGAUAACGGGAGAAAGAGGAGCGUUUGGCUUGGAUAAGGAGAGAUGCGCGCUCUGAUGCCAGAGAGCCACCUCAGAGUGCGCGCGCGCGUGCUUGAGUGCGUGAUUGAGUGAGUGAGUGUGCGAAGUGUGUGUGUGUGUUUUUGCGUGUGUGUAUGUGAGUGUGUGUAAGUGUGUGAGUAAGUGUGUGUGCGCGCGCGUGCUCGUGCCCCUCUCUCUCUCUCUGUUUCUCACUAUCUCUCACAGUGAGGCGUGAUGGUGUUUGUCUCUCAGCCUCUCUGAAGGAAAACACGCGCACUCUCUCUCACACACGCACGCGCAAGCGCGCGCACAAACACACUCAUCCUUGUUACCGUGGAGGAGGCGGCGGCGGGAGAAGAGGAUGACUGUUCCGCCGCGCGCUCCUCUCCUGCUGCUUCUACUUCUGCUUCUUGGAUAACACGCGCAGCGCGUCCCAGACGCCGGUGGUGGUGGUGGUAAUGAUGAUAAUGUUGGAGGUGCUGAUGCUGAUGAUGCGCGCUCCCGCGCUCGCAAACAUCCUGCUCCUGCUGGUGCUGGCGCGCUGCGCGUCCUCGCAGCUUCGCUACUCCGUGGCUGAGGAGUCUGAGCUGGGCACGUUCGUGGGCAACAUCGCGGAGGACCUGGGGCUGGACGCCACCAAGCUGUCGGCGCGCCGCUUUCAGACGGUGCCCAGCUCGCGCACGCCCUACCUGGAUGUCAACCUGGAAAGCGGCGCGCUGUACGUUAGCGAGAAGAUCGACCGGGAGCGCGUGUGCGGCGUAAACCCUCCGCCGUGCCUGCUGCACCUGGAGGUGUUUCUGGAGGACCCGUUGGAGCUGUUUCGCGUGGAGACGGAGGUUCUGGACAUCAACGACAACCCGCCCACUUUCCCCGAGCCGGACGUGACCGUGGAGAUCUCGGAGAGCGCGAGCGCAGGCACGCGUUUCCCCCUGGAAGCCGCCGUGGACCCGGACGUGGGCAGUAAUGGCUUGCGCGCGUACGAAAUGACCCCGAACGCGCACUUCCACCUGGACGUGCAGACGCAAGGCGACGGCAGCCGUUACGCGGAGCUCGUGCUCGACGCUCCGCUGGACCGGGAGCGCCAGGCCGUGCACCGGUACGUGCUGACGGCGGUGGACGGAGGGCAGCCGGCGCGCACGGGGACGGCGCUACUGGUUGUGCGCGUGCUGGACUCCAACGACAACGCGCCCGUGUUUGACCAGCCCGUGUAUGCGGUGACCCUGCGUGAAAACGCGCCCGUGGGCACGCUCGUGAUCCAGCUAAACGCCACGGACUCAGACGAGGGCGCAAACGGCGAGGUGGUGUACGCGUUGGGCGGCGGGAGCCACGCGGCUGCGAGCCGCGCGCGAGAACUUUUUGACGUGGACGCGCGGACAGGGCGCGUGGAGGUACGGGGCGAUGUGGACUAUGAGGAGAGCGCGCUGCACCAGAUCUACGUGCAGGCGCGCGACCUGGGACCAAACGCCGUGCCCGCGCACUGCAAAGUGCUCGUGCACGUCACGGACGUUAACGAUAACGCCCCCGAGAUCACCUUUAGCACGGUGAGCGAGUCGGUGAGCGAGAGCGCGCAGCCGGGCACCGUGAUCGCGCUGCUCAGCGUGUCGGACCGGGACGCGGACGAGAAUGGUCGCGCGCGCGCCGAGAUCGUGAGCGAGGAUGCUCCCUUUAAGCUCAAGCCCUCCUUCCGGAACUACUACACGGUGGUGACGGACGGCCCGCUGGACCGCGAGACCGCGGACGCCUACACGGUGACUGUGGUGGCGCGCGACGGCGGAACUCCACCGCUGGCCACGAGCAAGUCCAUCCGCGUGCGCGUGGCCGACGAGAACGACAACGCGCCCGAGUUCACGCAGCCCUCGUACGACGUCCACGUGGCAGAGAAUAACGUGCCGGGCGCCUAUAUUUACGCCGUGAGCGCGCGCGACGCGGACGACGGGAGCAAUGCGCGCGUCACCUACUCCAUCGCGGAGCGCGACAUACAGGGCAUGUCCGUGGUGACAUACGUGUCGGUGAACGCGGAGAACGGCUACCUGUACGCGCUGCGCUCCUUUGAUUACGAGCAGCUGCGCGAGUUUAGCUUCACGGUGCGCGCGAGAGACGCGGGCACGCCCGAGCUGGCCUCCAACGUGACCGUGCGCGUGCUUGUGGUGGACCAGAACGAUAACGCGCCGGCCGUUAUCGCGCCCGUGGGAAAGAACGGCACGGCACGGGAACCUUUGCCGCGGACGGCCGAGCCGGGAUACUUGGUAACGCGGGUGGUUGCCGCGGACGCGGACGAUGGCGAGAACGCGCGCCUUUCUUACAGUAUCGUGCGCGGGAACGAGGACGGACUUUUCCGUAUGGACUGGCGCACGGGGGAGCUGCGCACGGCGCGGCGCGUUCACGCUGGGGGCGGGGCGCGCUCUCAGCAACAACAACAGCAACAACAGCAACAGGUGUAUGAACUGCUUGUGGAGGUGCGCGACCACGGCCAGCCACCCCUGUCCUGCAGUACGCUCCUGCAGGUGGCGCUAGUGGAUAGCCUCGCUGAGGGUGACGGAAGCGCAGGGGGCGGGGGCUCCAGAGGAAGUGGCGGGAGCUCACGUGGAGGCACUGGGAGCGCACGCGGUGCCGCCAAGGCCAAGGAUGCCACCCUGGACCUGACCCUGAUUCUGAUUGUGGCACUGGGCUCUGUGUCCUUUAUCUUUCUGCUGGCCAUGAUUGCUCUGGCCGUGCGCUGCCGCAAAGACAAAAAACUGAACGUGCACGCCGCCCUGCACUGUUGCUGCUCCUGCGGGUGGUGCUGCGGCGGAGCCUGUGCCGGGGGAACCGGCGGGUCGGGUGGGGCGGGUGGAGGAAGUUGCUGCGGGCGCCACUCGCGCUCCAGCAAAAAGAAGAAGAAGAAGAAGCUCAGCAAGUCGGACAUCAUGCUGGUGCAGAGUGGCGGCGGAGGUGGUGGUGGCAGUGGUGGUGGGAGUGCGCACAACGUCAGCGUGAGCGCGCCCUGCGGAGUCGGGAGUGCCCAGGUGCCCGUGGAGGAGUCCGGCAGCUUCGGCUCGCUCCACCGCAAGCAGAACUACUGCUACCAAGUGUGCCUGAGCCCGGAGGCCGCCAGCACCGACCUCAUGUUCCUGAAGGCCUGCAGCCCAUCCCGAGGGGGUGCUCACGGAGAACCAGGGGCACGGGCCACACUGGUGUCCGCCUAUGGAGAGCAGCAGCAGCAGCAGCAGCCGGACAUCAUAUCCAACGGAGGCCUGCUGUCCAGCGAGACAAAACACCAGCGGGCGGAGCUUAGUUACCUGGUGGACAGGCCGAGGCGCGUAAACAGCUCGGCCUUCCAGGAGGCGGACAUCGUGAGCUCUAAAGACAGUGGGCACGGGGACAGCGAGCAGGGGGACAGCGACCAUGACGCCACGCAUCGUGGGCACUCCUCCGGAGCAGAUCUGUUCUCCAACUGCACAGAGGAGUGUAAGGCCCUGGGUCACUCCGACCGCUGCUGGAUGCCCAGCUUCGUGCCCACGGAAUCCCGGCAGGGGGCGGACUACCGCAGCAACCUGCACGUCCCGGGCAUGGACGCCGUGCCCGACACUGAGGUAUUUGAGGCCGACUUGAGCGCGGGCGAUCACUCCUCAUUCUCCACCUUCGGCAAAGAGCCGCCACUCCACUCACACCAACACCAUCAACACCACCAACAUCCUCACCAACCGCACCAACCGCACCUCAUCGCCGCCACGCUAGACAGGAGAGAGUGCGACACACUUCUGUCUAACUCGCGUACGCCUUACAAAGCCAACGGCCUGUCGCGGAAAAGGAUUUGUUAGCUCGUUCCGUGUGGACAUCCCGGAGACGGCGUGAUUUUGCACAAUCACAGAGACUGAUGGAGGAAAAAGACCAUCAGGUUUGAAGCAUCAAAGUUGGACUCCUUUUCCUGAAGCGUGGACGCAGGGCACAGAGACUCCGGGCCAAGCGAGAUAGAGAGAUAACGGGACAGUAAUAGAGAGAGACAGAGAGAGAGACUGAUGAUGGACGGGCAGCAGGACGUGAUGGGACAGCAGGACGCUUCUCAGCAGGACUGAGACGGAACAGAUCGGAGUACGGACAAGCUUCGCGCACUGCUGUAAGCGGGAUUAACAGACAAACAAUCAAACGAACAAACAAACAAAUGAACCAACCGACAACUCGAAGAAGAGGAGGACGAGGAAGACAGUGGAGACGAGGGGACGGCGGCGCUUCUCUUGUCGGAUACUGCGUGUGCCUGUUUACAGCACUACUGUACAAACAAACAAACGAAACGAAAACUAAAACGAAAGGAAAUCACACACCAAUGAGAACGGCGGAGAUAUUAUUAUUAUUAUUAUUCUUCACUGAGCCCUUUAGCUGUUUUACACACACACCACUGAGAAGCCAACUGUACAGGAAACUCUUUCUGCAUUAUAAAUGCAAUAUCACUCUUUUAGACAUGACUGUUUUUCUAUUUCGUGUGUGUGUGUGUGUAUGGUCAGGUGUUUUUUCCCGAAAUCUAUUUUUUUGCUGUUCAUUUUCGUUUGUUUGUAUUAUUUUCGGCUUUUUACAUUUUUUUCUCAAGAGAAGCAGAGGAUUUUGGACCAAUGCUGUUUUUUUUUCUUUGUUCUUUUCUUCGUUUUUCUUUUUUGUUUCUUCUUCGUUUCAUGUCGUGAGCGGGACAGCAGUGGCCUAAAACCGUACUCUCUCAGACAAUGCGUAGGUUAUAUCACGUGUGAGAAGUCUUAACUGUACUCUUUUAAGCUUCUAAAUAAAUAUAAAUCUAUAUAUAAAUCUAUCUAUAUAUAUUCAACGUUUCGGUUUGUUUUAUUUCUCGUUUUUUCUUUUCUGAAAGUGUGGUCUCCAUUCUCGCUGUUUCGCCGGUUUAGUGUCCCGGGCCUCGUCCCCGGGAGUCUUAGCUUUCGGCCAUCGACUUUACAGGGGUUCUUAAUGUGACGGAAAGCCUUAUCUCCCAACUUUACAUCCAUCCUUUUUUCACUUUUGGAUAUCGAGAUUCGUGUAAAGAAGAAAAAAAUAAAAAACGAGAGAAGCAGUAAUAAUCUAGAUUUGAUUACAUGGUAAUUCUGUGUUAUUGUAGCCAAAAAAAUUAGAAAAAGGGUCCAUUUUUAAUCCAGAGGCCAAAUAUGGAAGGUGCACCAAGUGCAACGCAAAACACACACUCCAGCAUAUACACACAUAUACACACACACACACACACUCACUCACACACAUAUACCUUACUGCAGAAGGUGACCAAUAAACUGACAAGUGUAUAAUGUAAACUUUAA